GUCGUAUCGAUGCAUGCUACCAACGAUGUCUGCCCGAUUAAUCCCUCGACUACCUUUUUUCCACGCCCUCUGCUACUCCUCCUCGACGGCUGCGGUGCGCCCUGAAUUUCUCAAUUCACUCAGUUCAUCCUAUGUCAAUCCACGCCAGCACAUCAUAGGCACCGACGGCAUCACCCAGACCAUUCCUGCCUCCGCGGUAGCUGGAAUUAGUGAUGAAAGAGUUCUUGCGCUCUUUACGAGCGGCUUUUUUGGUGGCUUCGUUUUUGCCCCGGAGUGGCUGCUGCUGACGGCUGCUGGGGGAAGAAUUCUACCUGUGGAGUAUACCGGCCUUACAAGAGAAACCCACACGGCCCCAACUCUCUGGCGCCAGGCGCAUGUCUCCGACUCCCAGCUCCAUCCGGUGGGCACCUGUUUUUUCGGCACAUUCAUAAUUCUAGACAAGCACAUUGCAACCGAGUCAGAAGUGACCACAACCGGUCCGCGCGCUAGUUGGGUUGACUACGGCUUUGGGUCGGACGAAUCUUCCUUCGCGGGCUGUCACCGAUUUCAGAUCACAAGAAUUGAAGGAAAGGGGAGAAGCAAGGGCAACACAGACUUGACCGCCGAAAACAAGGUGCAGAUUGAGCUGCAGUCAUUUCAAUGCAACCCCCAGAAGAAUGUACCGUUCGGCUCUGAGAUCUUGAAACAAUUUCAUUAUCAGUAUGCGAGACUGCUGUUCGCCAAUGGAAUUCAAUCCGUCCUCUUACGGAAAGCUUGA